AUGGCGCCCGAGCCACAGCUGGAGAGUGAUAUUCACUUCAUCGAGACCCCGCCGGCAAAGCCGAGCAAGUUUUCCACGGGUCAGGACUGCGGUGUCCCCGUCACCGACUUCCCCACCAUCAGCAACUCUCCCCUCCCGGCUGAAGGUGCUGGCGCCGAGAGCUUCUCCAACAUCCUCCUCGGCAUCGUCCUCUUCGGUGUGCCCUACCUUCUGUCGCGCCUGGUUGGAGGCGGCAUCAAGACGACAAUCUUCUUCGCCAUCUUCACGCUGAUCCCGACGCUCAUCGCCUUCUGGGCCUACACCUCUCGCUUCAGUCCUCGCGUCAACGACGCCGUCAAGCUUCCCGGCCGCCCCAUCGAAGAAUAUGUCACCUUCAAGGACGCUGCCGACAAGGCCAAGUACAGCGGCCGCACCAAGGUGCCCAUCCAGACCUUUUCCGAGAUGUACAUUGAGGGCAAGGCCGACUUCAACGGCGACACGCUGGACGUGAUGGAGUACCGCCACGACUGGUCUUCCUUCGCCUUCACCGUCGACCUGUUCAAGUACAUCUUCUUCACCUUCGGUCCCGACGUGCUCUUCCACUCGCGCGAGCAGGACAUGGAGCAGAUCCGCCCCAACUACGACUCCGGAAACGACCACUACGGCUGGUUCCUCGGCCCCCGCAUGAUCUACACCAGCGGUAUCAUCUCCGACCCCACCCGCGAGGAGACCCUCGAGGAGCUCCAGGACAACAAGAUGGCCGUCGUCUGCGAGAAGCUCGACCUCAAGGAGGGCGAGACCAUGCUCGACAUCGGCUGCGGGUGGGGUACCCUCGCCAAGUUUGCCAGCGUCAACUACGGUGCCCGCGUCACCGGCCUCACCAUUGCCGAGAACGGUGCCGCCUACGCCACCGAUCAACUCCGCCGCGCCGGCAUCCCCGAGGAGCAGAGCCAGAUCCUGUGCAUGGACUACCGCGAUGCCCCCAAGAAGAAGUACAACAAGAUCUCCCAGCUUGAGAUGGGCGAGCACGUCGGCGUCCGCAAGCUCACCGGCUUCUUCCGUCAGUGCUACGACAUGCUUGAGGAUGACGGUGCCAUGUACGUCCAGCUGUCCGGUCUCCGCCAGGCCUGGCAGUACGAGGACUUCAUCUGGGGUCUCUUCCUGAACAAGUACAUCUUCCGUGGUGCCGAUGCUUCCACCCCGCUCUGGAACUAUGUCAGCUCUCUUGAGCAUGCUGGCUUCGAGAUCAAAAGCGUCGACACCGUCGGUGUUCACUACUCUGCUACCCUCUGGAGGUGGUACCGGAACUGGGUCGGCAACCGCGACACCGUCACCGCCAAGUUUGGCCAGCGAUGGUACAGGAUCUGGGAGCUCUUCCUCGCCUGGUCCGUCAUCGCCUCCCGCCAGGGUAGCGCCACCUGCUUCCAGAUCCUUGUCGUCAAGAACCUCAACAGCACCCACCGUAUCAACGGCAUCAAGUCGCAGUUUGGCCUCAGCGGAGCCCUGGCUGCCAGCAAGGCUGCUGGCAAGUCGUCUCUGGCCAAGUAA